UUGAAAUGCACGCGGUGCUUCGUUGGGAACGAGCCACGCCGGUUUGUCUUCGAAAUAACAUAUCGCUAAUAACUUCGACAAAUUUUAUAUGAAUAAACCUACGUACUUAAAAUAUUACUUCGAAAAAAGUGUGUUGAAUUGUGAUUUAUUCAGUGAGUUAUUGGACUGUUGAUGCCGGUUUCGUUUAUUACAAGAUUUAAUCAUAUUUUCGGCGAUAAGCGGGUGAUGCAGAACUAAGUCAUGGGUCAGACAGAAGACUUCGCGCGCCGGUCGCCCGAGCAGCCUCUGCCACCUCCCAUACAACCUUGCAGCGGCUUUCUCGGCAACGGCAAGUCGGUUAUCCGUCCGAUAGCGUUUAAGCCGCUGGGCGGGCGCCUCUCUGCGGGCGGGGAACGCUAUGGCUCGACACCCGUCCUAGCAAGUCGCCCGCCGUCGCUGAUGACCUUAUACGGUAGUUCCUCAGACGUCCGUGAGGCUCGUUGGUGUGGGUCCCCACAGCCAGCGUCACUGUCCGCUCUGCCGCCACCUCCGCUCUCCGCUCCGCUACAUCAGCGACACCACUCAGCUAUUGUGACCAAAUCUAGCUCAGUUCUUGGGGAAACUAAGGAGCCUGCCCCCGCCCCCUCCCCCGCUGACUCCGGAGUCUCGGAGCUUGAGAGAGAUCAUCAUGACUACAGUUCCACGGAUCGUCUCCGUCACGACGUCCGUCGACCGCGGCUGAUGCUGCAGAGCUAUCGUCGCGACGAGAGAGACGUGGAACUGGCGAGAGUGAAGAGAGACCGCGCUGUCUUAAGACAACGAUUAGAAGAUACAGAGUGGAGCCUGUGUCAGAGGGCUGGGGAGAUCGCUUUGUUGAAAACACAGCUGAAGGAGGCCCAGAACGAACAAACGGCUAAAGGCCACGAGUACCUUACACUAAAAUCCGAUUGCCGCCAACUUAGGGAGGCGCUGGAUAAGAAGGACAAAGAGAUAUUGAGGCUACGAGCAGAGUCUGAGGAGAAAGAGAAGUCUAUGAAGAAACUUCAAGCGGAAGUUGAGAGACUGAACAACGACCUGAUGAACAGCGUCACAGACUUAACGAAGACUAAAGAGAGCAAUAAGAAAGAAAUAGAGAAACUCAAAACGGAAGUCAAAGAGCUUAGACAGGAAUUAUCAGACGUGUCCCUGAGCGGAUACGAGGGUAUCGAGUGCGGAAGGACUAUGAGAGGGAUCUACGAUGUGUGUAAGACGAACGAAUAUCACUGGACAUCGAGCGACAGUGCGCUCGAAGACGCGGAGGUUCAGAGACUGAAUGGAGAACUACCAGACUCCUGCAGCGAGCCCUGUCCGGCCGGCGCCAUAGUCGACAGACUGAAAUGCGAGAUACAGAACAAAGAGCAGCAGUUCAACAACGAGAGGAGAAAAUGGUCGGACGAAAAGGACAAAGUACUGAGAUACCAGAAGCAGCUGCAAAUGAACUACGUCCAGAUGUUCAAAAGAUCGCGCACUCUGGAAGCGGAGAUCGACGGUCUCAGGCUGGAGCUGGAACUGUGCAACAAGAACAUGAAAAAUCUGAACCAACACAAAACCAUAGAGUUGUAAAUGUACCAAAUUGAUAUAGAUUAUAAUAUUUAUUUAGUUAACUAACUAGCUUUUGUAUAUAUCUGUGCUCUCUUGCCGGUGUGAAUGGUUGUCAGUUUAUAUACGUUAUCUGUCGUAAGCCUUUUAAUUUAAUUGUAAAGAAAUGUAUCUUAAACUAUCAUUACUAUUAAUACUCAGCUGACAAUUUAUUUAAUCACUAUAAAUUAUUGUACAUUGAUAGAGUAAACUUAAUUAAAAGUAACUUUAUUUUUAAGAGAACAUUUGCUAUUUUAAACUGUAAGGAGUUAUUGUAAUAAAAUUAAAAACGUUUGAA